CGUGACGAGCGGCAAAGCGACCCAAUCGCUGUCUUGGAAUAGGUGGCAAGCUUGGGCGCCUGUGUGCGUUUACAGUGGGGGCGUGGGCGGGCCAGGUGUUAGCCAGACUGUGCGGCCGGACGCCGGCGCCAUGGAGGAGUACGCUCGGGAGCCUUGCCCAUGGCGAAUUGUGGACGAUUGCGGUGGAGCCUUCACUAUGGGCGUCAUCGGCGGCGGAGUUUUCCAGGCCAUCAAGGGCUUCCGCAACGCCCCUGUCGGAAUACGGCACCGAUUGAGAGGUAGUGUCAACGCUGUGAGGAUCCGAGCCCCCCAGAUUGGAGGUAGCUUUGCCGUGUGGGGGGGCCUGUUCUCCACCAUCGACUGUGGCCUGGUGCGGCUGCGGGGCAAGGAAGAUCCCUGGAACUCCAUCACCAGUGGAGCACUGACUGGGGCUGUGCUGGCUGCCCGCAGUGGCCCAUUGGCCAUGGUGGGCUCAGCAAUGAUGGGGGGCAUCCUGCUGGCCCUCAUAGAGGGUGUUGGCAUCCUCCUCACUCGCUACACUGCCCAGCAGUUCCGCAAUGCACCCCCGUUCCUGGAGGACCCCAGCCAGCUGCCCCCUAAGGAGGGUACCCCAGCCCCAGGCUAUCACAGCUAUCAGCAGUACCACUGAGGAAGUGACUGCCUCUCAUCACCACCAUGGGAGCCCCUCCUCCGUUCCCUCCCAGAUGAUCUACCUCGAAGGGAGGGCUGGCUCCCAGUUGGCCCUGGGACCCUCCAGAGAGGGCUUCUACUCUGCCUCCUUGUCCCAGGGUGGGGGUGGGGCACCCCAGCUGCCCUGACGGAUGGGUCCCCUUCUCUCUCAGGGCACCCCAACCCCAUACUCACAUGUAACAAGUUCUCACCCCAUCCCCUUUUCGUGGCGCCCUGAUGAGUAUUUAAAGCCAGUUUUGAAAUGCC